AUGAAUGUCCGGAAAGAUUUGGUGAGUGCUGUCCGACGGAACCGUGAGCGUGAAAAGUCAGCCACUGUCUUCUCUAUGGAGGAGGCGGUCCAUAGCAUGGGGGCGGGCAAAACAAACCCAACAGAUGCUAUCGUUGAUAUUCGUGAGCACGAUGUUCCCUACCAUGUUAGAGUGAGCAUAGAUAAAUCUAUCUAUGUGGGGAGCUGGUAUCAGGUCAAGUCAAGGGGAACUUCUGAGCCUCCGACAAUAAUGAAGCGUGAAGAUCUGAUCGAGACUCCGGACUGUAUUGUACUCGCCUUCGAUAUUGAGACAACCAAGCUUCCGUUGAAGUUUCCAGACGCAGCCAUAGACCAAGUUAUGAUGAUCUCCUACAUGAUUGAUGGCCAGGGAUAUCUGAUCUGUAACAGAGAUAUUAUCGGUGACGAUGUUGAGGAUUUCGAGUACACUCCUAAACCAGAGUUUGAAGGCCCCUUUAUCGUCUACAAUGAACCGAACGAGAGCGGUCUUCUUCAACGAUUCUUCGAUCAUAUUCUCGACAUUAAGCCACAUAUAUUCGUUACCUACAACGGAGACUUUUUCGACUGGCCGUUUAUAGAGGCUCGAGCCGCAGUGCAUGGUCUGGAUAUGGGCAGAGAAAUAGGAUUCAGUAAGGACCGCGAAGGCGUGUACUGCAGCCGACCGGCCAGCCACAUGGACGCGUACUGCUGGGUCAAACGAGAUUCCUACCUACCUGUAGGCUCACAGAACUUAAAGGCGGCGGCCAAGGCUAAACUCAGAUACGAUCCAGUAGAGAUGGAUAUGGAGAAAAUGUGCCAAAUGGCGAAGGAACAACCUCAGGAUUUAGCCAACUACUCUGUAUCUGAUGCUGUGGCAACCUACUACCUGUACAUGAAAUAUGUACAUCCCUUCACCUACGCUUUAUGUACAAUUAUUCCGAUGGAACCCGACGAGGUUCUCAGAAAGGGUUCAGGAACCCUCUGCGAAGCUUUGCUUUGUGUACAGGCAUUCGAAGCGAAUAUUGUGUUCCCCAACAAGCAGGAGACCAUCUUAAACAAGAUGACAGAGGACGGGAGGGUGAUGGAGAGCGAGACAUACGUUGGAGGUCACGUGGAGGCCAUAGAGUCCGGAGUUUUUAGAGCAGAUAUACCGUGCAGAUUUCGAAUGGUUCCCGCAGCUUUCCAGAUGCUUCACGAUGAUGCAGAACGAUGUCUCAAGCGUGCCAUAGAGAUAGAGGAGGGUAUCCCCCUGGACCAGGUUACUAACUUCCAGGAGGUUCUAGAGGAUAUCCAGGAGAAACUGAGUGAUCUACGUGAUACCCCAGCUAGACUAGAGAACCCUAUAAUCUACCAUCUAGAUGUUGGGGCUAUGUACCCAAAUAUAAUCCUCACAAACAGACUUCAGCCCUCAGCAAUGGUCGACGAGACAACCUGUGCUGCAUGCGAUUUCAAUAGACCUGGAGCUAAAUGUCAGAGGCGGAUGCCCUGGAUGUGGAGGGGAGAAAUUAUGCCAGCUUCAAGAUCGGAAUAUCACAGGAUCCAGCAGCAGCUUGAGACUGAAAAGUUUCCCGGCAAGUUUCCUGGAGAACCUCACAGACCCUUCCACAAGUUGAACAAGGAGGAGCAGGCGGACAUGGAGAAGAAGAGAUUGGCAGAGUACUGCAGAAAAGCGUAUAAGAAGACCCACGUGACUAAGAUGGAAGAAAGGUUUACCACCAUCUGCCAGAAAGAAAACAGUUUUUACGUAGAUACGGUCAGAGCAUUCAGGGAUCGACGAUACACCUACAAAGGAUUGUGUAAAUCCUCAAAGAAGGAGGUUGCAGAAGCUGCUAAAAGCAAUGAUGCCGCCUGGCUUAAAUCCGCCAAAAAUAAGGAGGUGUUGUAUGAUUCCCUGCAGCUGGCUCAUAAAUGUAUCUUAAACUCCUUCUACGGAUAUGUAAUGAGGAAAGGGGCCAGGUGGUACAGCAUGGAGAUGGCAGGUAUUGUCUGCUAUACCGGAGCUGGUAUAAUCAAGUGUGCCCGUGAACUGAUAGAACAGAUAGGGCGGCCCCUGGAGCUGGAUACUGAUGGGAUCUGGUGUGUCUUGCCCGCAUCUUUCCCGGAGAAUUAUGAUAUAAAGACGACCAAUCCUAAAAAGUCGAAGGUGACCAUCUCGUAUCCUGGUGCCAUGUUGAAUAUCCUGGUACAGGAUAACAACACCAACGACCAGUAUCACGAGCUUGUCGACCCGGAGACCCUCAAGUACGAGAUCAGGAAGGAGAAUUCUAUUUUCUUUGAGGUAGAUGGACCAUACCUUGCCAUGAUUCUACCAGCCUCUAAGGAGGAGGGUAAGAAGCUGAAGAAACGAUAUGCAGUUUUUAACUUUGAUAAAAGCUUAGCAGAACUAAAGGGGUUUGAGGUGAAAAGAAGAGGAGAACUACAGAUUAUCAAGAUCUUCCAGUCCACCGUGUUUGAGGCGUUCCUCAAGGGUGGAUCCUUAGAAUCAUGCUAUGACGCGGUUGCAAAGGUUGCCGACUACUGGUUGGAUGUAUUGUACAGUAAAGGAGCAAAUAUGCCGGAUUCUGAACUCUUUGAGCUCAUCAGUGAAAACAAGAGUAUGAGUAAGACCCUGGCAGAGUAUGAAGGACAGAAAUCUACUAGUAUAUCUACAGCUAAACGUCUAGCAGAGUUCCUUGGGGAUCAGAUGGUCAAGGAUGCUGGCUUAUCCUGUAAGUUUAUCAUCAGUAAGAAACCGGAUGGAGCACCAGUUACAGAGAGAGCUAUCCCUCUUGCUAUAUUCGAGGCUGAGCCCUCAAUCCGUCAGCACUAUCUGCGCAGAUGGUUGAAGGACAACAGUAUGUUUGAUUUCGAUAUUAGAACCGUAUUGGACUGGGAUUAUUAUAUUGAGAGAUUAAGCGGAACCAUUAUGAAGAUUAUAACUAUUCCAGCAGCUCUACAGGGAAUCGCUAACCCCGUCCCCCGCGUGAAGCACCCGGACUGGUUGCACAAGAAGAUCAUGGAGAAGAACGAUGUGUUAAAGCAGAGGAAGAUCAGUGAGAUGUUCACCAGGGGACCUAUGACUAGAUUGACUUCUGAGAACCAGGAUCCAGCUGAGAUUGCUGAUAUUGAAGAUUCCGUUGGACGGAAACCUCUUUUACCCAUGCAUGCCGCUGUUAGCACGAAGAAGCGUAAGGCUGGUGUUGAGGAUGAAGACCUUCUGAAAAACUGGAGAGAAGUCCUGGGCAACCCUCCUAAACGAUCUGAUGGACUCAAGGAUUGGAUAAAGUUCCAAAAGAAGAAAUGGCAGUUUCAGGCUAAACAGCGCAGAGCUCAGGAACAAGGGAAUAAAAGGAGUAGAUCUGGUCCAGAAGGUCGUGGAGUUGUUAGGUCUGGUCCCGUAACUAUUGGUGGAUUUCUUAAGAAAGCUCAGAGAACCCUUCUAGAUACUCCUUGGCAGAUAAUCCAGAUAGCUGAGACAGCUACCCCUGGUAUGUUCAAGAUCUGGGCUUUGGUUGGAGCCGACCUACAUUGUAUUAAACUAAAUGUGCCCAGGAUCUUCUACUUGAACCAGAAGACUGUGAAGGAGGGUUCAGGAACUGCAGAUAUGUGGAGGAGAUGUCAGAAAACACUUCCUAGGAGUCACCCUGUAUACAACCUUUACGAAUACAGGGUGCCGGAACAGAUAUUUAGAGCUCAUCGAUCCAAGCUGAUGUCUGAUCUAUACAAGCCAGAUAUAGAGGGGAUCUAUGAACUCAACCUACCUUUAGAAUUCAGAGCUAUUUGUGAUAUUGGUUGUGUUACCAUGGUGGAGAAGAAUAAGGCUAAACAGCUUCAGGGCCUGGAUGUGGAUACAUUUGACCUGGAUUGGCUUCAAUUCAAGCCGGUCACAAGCUUCCAAUAUUUAGAAACGGGAACCUUUAAGUUCAUAUACUUGUAUCAGCACAGAACAGUCGCUAAACAAAUGUGGGGAGUCUUUAUACCAGGUACAUACCUACGAAAAUCAUUAAAUAAAGAAAUGGAGCAGUAAAUAUGGGGGAAGGGU